UUCGAUGAAGCAGCAUGCUCAUCCCCACAGCCACAAACAGGGAACGGUCUGUCAGGUUUAUUUGACAAUUUUGCUUCAACCUUUGAUAACUUGUUCAGCCCCCUCACUGGCUCACAAGGUAAUAGAUGUGCUUACAGUCCUAUGCACCACGGAUCUGGAGAUAGCGGAAAAACAUUUUCUCAUGGAUAUAGUUUCAAUGCGAUGUGCAAAGGAUAUACAAACCGAUAUUACAAUGUACGAUGUAACGACGGGCAAUGGAUGUAUGAUGAAAGGCACUGUUCAACAUCAGUUGUCCAUCCUCUGUAAAAUGUGCUCAGAAAUCACUCAAAACAGCAGCAUGACAACAGCAUUACAUUUUUGUUGAAAUGUUGUUGACAGUACUUUGUAUAUGUAUGAUGGCCAUGGGUAAACUUUAUGUACAUUUACCAAUGUCAUCUUUUAUUCUUCGAUAAAUAAGAUGCCUCAGCAUUUCAUAAGGGUUUUAUUGUACUAACAAUAUCGUUGUCAUUUAUCAUUUUAUGCUUGUUACUGGCUAUUAUUAAAUUCAAAUAUAAGGUAAAUAAUGAACCACAAAACUUAUGUGUACGUAUUUUUACAAUUGCUGCAAGACAGGGGCGUGGUUUUACAGCUUCUAAUUUUAUACUUUCAUAUUAUGGUAGUAAUUUCAUGUUCUGUACCAGGUUGCACGUCAUUUUUACAUCAAAUCAGCCCUCAAUUUGCCUCUGAUCUUAUGAAAAUUGCUUAAUUGUAGAAUUCUCCUUGUUUAUGAAAUUUAAAUGUCGUGUUAUCUACGUACAACCAAUUUUUAUUACUCUGGUAAAAGUGGAGAGAUCGCUCACUCAUACUGGUAACAGUCGGUGGUUGACUUUUAGAUUAUCUUGAUUUGCCGACGUUUCAAAUCCUGUCAACAUAUACACAACAUAUCUGAUCGAAAGCGAUAAUGAUUUACGCAGAGUAAUGAUAAAGACAAUCUAUUUAUACGCACUGUAACAGUUCUGGAACAGAUUCUAAAAAAUACGCAAAUUUCCAUGACUUUUCAAGAUUAAUGAUUACCAAGUAGAUUAGCUUUGGAAACAAUAGCUGGCUGGAAAAUUAUAACUGUUAUAUUGUUGGUCUUUCAAGC